AUUAGCGUUAUGAAAAGAUGUUCUCAUAAUACAUACACUGUAAGAUCUACCUUUUCCCAUUAAUAUAUCUGUGGGAAGAAUGGUCUCCAUCUUGUGAUUUGGUGUUAUAAUAUAGUGUAGUGAUCCUUCACUUGGCAUGUUAUGAUGUUCUGCUGGCACAAGGUAUCAUGAAUGGAUGAAGUGUCCUGAGCUGCAGCAUCUGACUGCCUCAGAGCCACCGACCCGAGAACAGGAAUACGACAUGCAGUGGAGCUGGAGGGAAGAUGAUGACAAUUGCACAUUCAUCAUCUUCGAUAAGCAGCGAUGGGCAGUUCCCAGUAUAGAAGAGGAGCAGUGCAUGGUGGGAGAUGUCAACAUGUUCCUGACGGACCCAACAGACCUCUCCUUGGCUGAGCUGGAGAUCAUGACAGCAGGUGAUGCCCAGUGUGCUUAUCUUAAAAGUGAUUCAAAAUCAAAGGCUGAGCAAAUAUCUACAGUCAGCCUGUGCUGCGGUUUGUACAUCUCAGUCAUUUCCUGUGUAUAUCUCUUUAUAUCUGGACAUUAUAUUCCUCUUGUUUUCUACAGAGCCCAGUUACAGAGGCAAGGGCAUUGGGAAGGAGGUGGCACACGUGAUGAUGCACUAUGGUGAGCAUCUGAUCCCAUCUUUCAG